CAUUCAUCCUUGCUUUAUCUGUAUAUAAACCAUGUUUGCCACUGUCAGAGAAGAAGGAAAUUAAUAUACGAAAGUUGAGUUGAGAGCGAUUUCUCUUCAAGAUAGCUAAGUUUUUAGAAGCCAAGUGACAUGGAAUGGAAGAAGUGUUAUUUGGAUGUGAUAUUGGUGCCCUUAGGAUUUCUUAUGAGCAUUGGUUACCAUUUCUGGCUCUGGCACACUGUUCGAACUCAGCCACACACAACUAUCAUUGGCAUCAAUGCUACUGGCAGACGCAAUUGGGUUGCUACCAUAAUGAAGGACAACGACAAAAAAAACAUCCUAGCUGUUCAAUCACUGAGGAACACAAUCAUGGGUGCGACCCUAAUGGCCACAACCUCUAUUCUGCUAUGCUCGGGCUUAGCAGCAAUCAUAAGCAGCACCUACAGUGUGAAAAAGCCACUUGAGGACACAGUUUAUGGGGGUCAUGGAGAGUUCAUGGUAUCACUCAAAUAUGUCACUUUGCUCUCCAUUUUCCUCUUCUCAUUCUUCUGCCACUCCUUGUCCAUAAGGUUCAUCAACCAAGUCAACAUCCUUAUCAACACCCCACAGGACCCCUUGUCCUUGGUCAGCCCUGAAUAUGUUCAUCAGAUCUUGGAGAAAGGCUUCCUUCUUAACACUGUUGGAAACAGACUCUUCUACGCUGCUCUUCCUCUUCUGCUUUGGAUCUUUGGUCCUGUCUUGGUCUUCUUGUGCUCUCUCACUAUGGUUCCUGUGCUUUACAAUCUUGACUUUGUCGUUACUGCCAAGGAUAAGUUGCACGUAAAUCAAAAUACACAUUUUGUAUGACCUAAUCUAAUGUAAAAAUCAUCAC